AUGCCUGCUAUACCACCUCCCGCCAGCAUCUCCCCUCCCACCGUUACUCCCGUCGGCUCGGGCAAUCUCCCCGUCGUUGUCGCGUCCGACUCUGCACAUGUCGCUGGGAAUAAGUCACCGUUUGGGAACUGGCAGCCGUCUGAUCAAGCAGCAACCCGUGCUCAAACCAGGGUCAUCUCGGGCAUGCGGCUGAUCAACUCGUUGAACGAUGAAAUGAUCCCAGGACUGGUAAAUGCAGCAGUCAACGAAGCACGGCAGCAAGCUAUCGACGCUUUGGUAGAGGCACGAGUGGAGACAAGAGUCCAAGAACGCCUCGCAGAAAUAGAUGAGUCCCGCAUCCAGAAACGAGUCAAUGAGCAUCUUCAGGAGAUCUUGGGAGAAAACGCUCCCGACCAUGUCGCUGCGGCCUCCAGUCGCUCCGAGGGCACUUCUUUCGUUGCGUCGACACUGUCUCCGCAUGAUUCAGUGUCCGCCGCAUGCAAACCUUCAUCGACCCACGCGACCCCCCUCACCCCCUCAUCAAUUCCAGAGAACCGCGCCGAUCCUUCAACGUCGACACCCGACUCGGUUGGCGCGGAUCCCUCGUCGAGCCCAGAUACCGGCAGUGUUAGCCCUUCGGCUACUAGUAACGCCUCCGAUAAGACUCGAGCAGCAGACCCCACUCCCGAGAAUCCGGAGAAGGCACAGCAACCUGAUGUGCAGCGCGCACUCCUACUUCACGACACCAUACGAAAUCUGAUCAUCAACCUUUUGCUUGACAUGUCGCAAGGGAAGCCGGUGGACGAGCAGAGGUUUGCCGACGCCAACCGUGCUCUCAAUGCACUGGUAAGUGCCCAGGAAGCCCAAACAUUCCACGUCCCGAGAGAUCCGCCGCAAACUAUUCAAGAACUUAUCGACCGUACGCCGCCUUGGAUCUGGGAGGUUAUUCGGUACAUCCAGCUCAAGUCCACCAGGUACGAAUGCAGUGUCGACGCGAUCGUAUCUAUGUUGCUCUUCUAUGCAUUCUCUGGUUGGGGUUCGUUCAAGAUCCUCCCACAGUACAAGGUUCGCAAGGAGGUGAUGUUAUCUGACGAAGAUCUGGCGUAUUUCAAGUCGCUUUCCGACGACAUCAAGCUGCGGAUCAAAGCAGAGAAUGAAGGAUGGAUCGCCCAGCUCUCGACCGACUCGCUUAACCGUGUCGUGGCCGCUCGCUCUGAGGGGCGCGCUUCUUACGUCAUCCCCGAGUUCUUGGUUUGCGCCGUCGAUAUACACGGCAGGCCGAGCAGGGUCAUCUUGUUCGUGGAAGACAAGCUCAACGCAAAUCCCCUAGAACAGCUUAUGGUUUACUUCGACGCAUUCAAGCACGAGGUCGAAGUGUACGGCCUGGGAUGCCGCAUUGUGCCUGUUUCUCAAGGUGGUCAAGGUAUCCAGGCGAUGCUCUGGCGCCGCGCACCUGGCGGCGGUCCUGCUCUUAGGGUCUUCGACGAAGGCCACAACGCCUCCAACCACUCCGGCUGGUACCGUCUCGACAGCGACUUCAUCCUUCAGCACUUGGUGAACCUCUGCAAGGAGAACUGGAAGUACGCUGCGAACGUUUAG